UUCUUUUUUGUUUCUUCAAUAACAUCCUUUCUCCUCUUCCCUUUUCUCUAAUCCCAAAAUUAGAGAUCACUAUUUCGAUUUAUAAUUUCGAUUUAUAAUUUCCUCUCUCUCUCUUUCUCUCUCUCUCUCUAAUCCAGCAUUUCUCGAUCUCUGUUGAGAGAGAGAGAGAAAUGUGUCCUCUGAGAAUCAUUCUGAUCUUCCUCUCGGCCACUCUCGCCGGUUUCUUUGUCCUCAGGAACCUCAAGUCUCAGCCCGAAUCUCAAUUUCCUUCCGGCGACGAAACCCACGAAAAUCUCGACGAGUCCGAGAAAACCAAGCUGCCAAAUUCGACGACUUCUCCGUUCUCCAAGGUUUGCUCGGCUAUGGAGUCUGGGUUUUGGACCUGUGUGGACAUGGCUAGUGGUCGCUAUCUCUGGAGGCAUUUGGUAUCUUCCAAUUCGAAGCGAUCGGAAUGAAUGAAUGAAUAAAUAAAUAAUCCUCUCUCCCAAGAAAUUGUUGUGUUUCUUCAGGUUUGGAUUUGACUUGGGUCUCUCUAUUAAUAGCUCUAAAUUGUCUCUAUAAGAAGUGUAAUUGUAGACUGAAUUGGAAAAGUCCGUGUUGAUUGUUGAGAUGAUUUGACAAUAUGAAUAUCCCAUAUCUUGUAAUUCUUGUAAGUGGGAAUAUAAUAGAUGUUGAAAGUUGUUGGGAAAUUGGCGUAUCAAUGAGCUACAGUGAUCGAAUAAGGUGCCGUUUUCGUUUCUGUUUUGGACCCUCCUUUAUUGAUGAAUGAAAUUGAUUAACUUCUCAAUUC